AUGGUCAGAAUUAGUGCCGACGACCUUGUCUCCUGUUGUCAGGACUGUGGUAGUGGCCGCGAUGGUGGCUGGCCCGCCGCAGCCUGGCUGUACUGGGUGCAGGAGGGCAUCGUUACUCGUGGUCCCUAUGGCGACAACACCACCUGCCGACCCUACGAAAUUCCACCCUGUGAACACCAUACUGAGGGUGAUCUACCUCCCUGCACCGGUGAUGCUGAGACGCCCGCUUGCACUAAGAAGUGCCAGGAGGGCUAUCCGACACCGUACGCAAAGGACAAGCACUAUGGGCUAGAUACCUAUGCUGUACGUUUUGGUGAGGAAAAAAUAAGGAAGGAAAUUAUGACGAAUGGACCAGUAGAGGCAGAUUUUGCAGUCUAUGCCGACUUCCUUAACUACAAAUCAGGUGUCUACAAGUACAUAACCGGCGGUCACGCCAUCCGUCUUCUUGGGUGGGGUGUUGAAAAUGACACGCCCUAUUGGCUGGCAGCCAAUUCCUGGAAUACAGACUGGGGAGACAAGGGCUACUUCAAGAUCCUCCGUGGCAAUAAUGAAUGUGGUAUUGAGAAUGACAUUAUUGGAGUAACUCCAAAGUAUGGUUAA